AUGAACAAAUAAACACCGUAAAGAAGUAUAUUCCUUCAUUCACCAAACCGUAGUGGUAUAGGAGGUGUUUUGUCAUCUACAUAUCGUGCAAAUUAUACUUAAAACCGUAAUUUGCCUUCCACAAAUCCUAUAAAAGGCCCAACUCCUGAUCUUAUGCCUAGAAAUGAACGUAUAUCAUAAACAUAAGUACCUCAUGGGUAAAAAAACACAUAUAAAUGA